AUGUGUGAUGAGUUUGUCUUUUGGUCGGUUUACGCGUCGCUUAUUAGAUCAUCUGGCCCGCUGGGUGCGCUUCUUAGCUCCCCGGCCCUGGGUGUGAGGGGGAGAGAGGAAGCCAACGCGACGUGCGCAGAGGAUGAGGAUAUAAACUGGGACGACGCAGCGGAGGGGAUAGGCGAGGGAAUCGAGGGACCGGAGGGCUUUCGCGACAGCGACGAUGACGACGAAGAAAGGGGAGGGGACGGAGGGGCGACACGCAGGAGGAGCGAAAUCGCUAACGGCCCGAGCAGAGAGGGCGACGGCGGGGCACGAGGGAACAACGGAGACGCUACCGAUGACGCGAACCGAGGCACGGACGCCGGCGGGGACGGGGAGGGCGACAGCGACGUCGAGGUUGACGCAACCGUAUCGAGAGCGCCACCCAAAAAGGGGCGGACAGCCAUGGAGGUCACCGAAUGGAGGGCGAACGGCACGAUGCGAAAAGGCAGGGCGAGGCGGAUGGAGAAAGAAACCGCGAGCAGACAGCGCCUGCUGGCCAUUUCGAGACAUUCGCCAAGAACGCUAGCAACAUGGGAGGGCUUCGUGAAGGAUGGAUUGAAAAACAUUCGAACAAAGAAGAGGCGACGGGAGGAACCGGCGGAGGAUGCAGUGACGUGA